GACGGAGCGGUUGGGAUUCGGCAGUUGGAAUUCCCAGGGCACGAACAAUUCGCGGCGUAAAACCGAGUCUUCGGGUAAGAAAUGCCGUGCCAUGACCUCCUGGCUCUGAAAGAACUCGUCCGGGUGCACCAUGCCCAGCAACAGCACGCUGCCCGCCACUCUCAGCGCCGCCAGCGCAGCAUACAGCUUCAUCCGUCCCAUCGUGAUCUUUUUACGAAAAUAAUAUCUACUCAAAAAACCGAAAAUAGUCACGAUCCCUUCUUUUCGUGAUUUCAAAUCAAAAACCCGAAAAUAACAAACGCCAGUUUUUUCGCGCCUAAAUUUUCCCGCCCAGUUUCGAAAAACCCUCCACAAAGUCUGGGACCCGUCCACCUCCCCCUCCACUACUCGAAGGCUCAUGGCGGAUGACGCGUACUACCGCCAAGUGCUGGCGCAGAUGCAGAGUGAGUUCUCACGCGCUGUAGCGGCGCUGGAGAAGCAAGUAGCGGCCCUUACGCGCCACAAUACACUGCUGAGCAGCGAGUUGGCGCAGACUAAGCAGCAGCAGAGCGAGUGGACGCAGGAGGCCGCCCAGACCGUCACGCAACUACAAAAACAACUCGACACACAGGCCGCGGACGCUGCCAAGGCUCAGCGAGAAGCGAAAGACAGGGAACAGGCGCUUACGCUCGAAGUUUCGGCGCUUAAAAGCCUUCUGCAGCAAGAACAGGACUACUGGACGAGAUACGACGAAGCAGGCAAACAGGACCGAGACAGACUGACUAGACAGCUCGCAGAGGCCAAAGCGGAGAGUAUGCAAUACCACGAACAGAACAAGACGCUGAGGAGGGAGAUGAAAGCUCUGCAACGUCGUGUGGAGACCGCAGUGGCCACUAGCAACAGCUUCGAACAGCGACUUAUGGUGGUGGUUAAGGAGAAGCACCAGAGUGUACAGGACGUGGAGACGCAGCUAGCGCAGUACAAGAAGAGAUAUCAGGAGAAGAGAGCACAGAAUAAAUACUUAACUGAGGCUCUAGUGAGGCUACAAGAGCGACAGAGUGAGAGCAGCGGAAGCUCGGAAAGCUCCAAGACUACAGAGUCGGCAAAGCCACGGAGGAAGAGGGAGUUGACACUGCCAGAGGAGAUUAAAGCUGCUACUGUCACGUACAAGAGCAAGAGGAUGGGGGCGUCUCGAACGGGGACGUCGCCGACGUCAUCGUCGCCUGAGAUUUCUCCACGAUCAGCACGUUCAGCGCCAUACAAACGCCCUCCUUCAGUGGCGACUACGACGCCUACAACGUCGGAUAACAACAGUUUUAACAGCAGUGGAAGUCUGCGAAGUAUGCGCAGUCUGCGGCAUAUAACAGGACGGCGGAUUAGCAGCAGAAGCAGAGAGAGUGACGAUAUCGACGUGAGUCCAAGGACUAAUGCAGCAAGAACAAACCCCACGGGACGACUGGAAAGAGAACUCAAUGGAUUGCGAAGAAAACUGGACUCGUGCAUUGCAGAUGCCACUAAAAGGUGGUAGAGCGGGAGUUUUUUUGAGACGAUACGAUGAGAUGUAUUCAUUUCUACAUCUCUAUCGUACAUUUGGACCCAUUUUUCAAAGGCAAGGAGACUCACUACUCUCCUUUCUUUGGCGACUACGGAGACUCAUUACUCUCUGUUGCGCUAUUUCGUGGGAUAUCAACGGUUAAAAGGCUUCUGGACGUGGUUGUUAAGGCAAGACAGACCUUUCUCGGAGACGUCAGCAGGCUCAGUUGAUCGGGGCUCAUUACCCUCGUUAACGACUGUAGAUCCUGGCGCUCUUUUGCGUAAGGUUGUGAGUAUGGUAUGCACUUGGUGGUCGAUUAUGGACUCAUGACUCCUUUAUCGACGACUGUUUGCUACCUACUCACUUCUGUUUUGCUUUGGUAACCCACAUCUGGAAGCUUUUGACUAUCGGUGCUCAAAUGUGGUCCAAACUUUCGCUCUUGGAUGGAAAUUAAAUCUGGUGACAAGCACUCACGCGAUGAAUUAUGUGUAGAUUGGGGACAUCGUGGAGACAGCAGGGGUAUUUAUUGAAACCAGUAAUGGAUAAAAACAUUUUCCUUAAAAAAAAGUGUAUAACUUUGACGGUCCU